UUGUGCUUUGUCUAUCUAUUUGAUCAAUCUAUUCAAAAUUAUGCAAAUGAGAAAGUUUAAUGUAAAUAAAUCUUCAUAUAGAAGAACAUGCCCAUUCUGCCCUUAAUGUAUUACCUCCAGGUAUAUUCUGAGGAGUGAACUGCUGUUGAAAAAUACAGCAAGGACAGUGAUAAGGUGUAUAUUUUUCUUUUAAGGUGAUGCUGCCUUUUGUUUGAUUUCACAUGCAGAAAAUUAAUGCGGCAUAUUUUUGAACAAGAACAGCUGCAUCACAUGGAGAGAGUCAUUUCAGAAUGUCUCAAGACCUAGUAACUGACCGGCUAAAAGAACAACUCACAAUGACCAAAGAAUUAAGACUCAAGGCAAGCAAUGCUGUGUGGGGUCGCCGCUUGUGCAAAAGCUAUGGAAAAGGCAAGAAUAAGCUGAAGGUGUUGACUGGCCUCAACAUCAAUGUCCCCUUUGGCGCCAUUUAUGGACCUGGACCCAGUGGGUGCGGGAAAACCACAUUGCUGCGCUGCAUUGUUGGACUGAUGAAGGUGGACAGCGGAUCUCUACUAGCCAUGGGAGAUGUGCCCUCAGCACCAGGCCAUAGCAUUCCUGGACCAAUGGUGGGCUACAUGCCACAAGAAAUUUCAUUGUACAAUGAACUGACCAUUCAGGAAAUGUUAUAUUUCUUUGGUAGCGUUCAUGGUAUGACAAAAUCUGAUAUAAAACAUAGGACAGCUUUCCUUCUUGAUUUCUUGAAACUGCCAAGACAUCCUACACCUAUACAGCAGUUGAGUGGUGGACAGAAACGGCGAACUUCACUUGCAGUAGCCCUGCUUCAUAAACCUGGUCUUCUUAUCCUAGAUGAACCAACUGUUGGGGUGGAUCCCUUACUAAGAGAAAAGAUUUGGGAACACUUGCUGGAAAUAGCACAGAGCAGCGAGCAGACCACCAUCAUUGUCACUACUCAUUACAUUGAAGAGGCCAGGCAGGCUGACAGGGUUGGUUUGAUGAGGGGAGGUCGUCUGCUGGAUGAAGACAGACCUUCAAAACUCAUGGAGCAGUACAGUAUGACAAGUCUGGAGAGUAUUUUCCUCCACCUUUGCCAUCAUGAUGUGAUAGGAAAUGCUCAAGAUGAAGAGUUCAUGUCUUUAUCGCAAUCAGAAAAUGACCAUCUGGACUCAGCAACAUCAGACGAGUAUCAGGUCAACUAUGACAACAGACCUUUGAUAACUACUGAAGUAGCUAACAGUCAAAGCUCUAAUGGUUCAUCAUCUGUGUAUGGCACUGUAUCAAUAAGCGGCCUGCCAAGUGUGAAGCCCCAGAGACAACACUGGUGCACCCUACCAUCAUUGCCCAGGUUCCGCUGUAUACUGGCAUUGUUCAUCAAAAACAUGAUUAUCUUAAAACGCAGCAUUGGGCUGCUGCUCUUUGAGUUUUUCGUCCCGUCCUCACAAAUCAUCCUUUUCUGCUUGUGCAUUGGGCGUAUGCCACAGAACGUCAAGCUGGCAGUGGUGAAUCUUGAUAAGGGAUCAAUGGGAGCAUUAUACCUGCAACAUCUUGGCAACUCCACCCUCAUACAAGUACCAUUUGAUAAUCUGGAUGCAGGAAAGAAAAGUGUGGAGAAUGGUGACACCUGGGGGGCAUUAUACAUUAGUCCUCACUUCAGUGAAGAUAUGUUCCUCAGGUUAAUUAUGGGCAUCAAUGUGACCACAGAGGUAGUGGAAGGCAGCACUGUUUAUUUGUACUUGGACCUUACAGAUUCAGAAAUUUCCAGUUUCAUCCAGAUAUCUACUUUGGAGUCCUUCCAAGAUUUUUCAAAGACUCAGCUAGACCAGUUUGGUUUCAAUGCACACUACAGUGAUUCUCCUGUCCAGAUUGGUGAUCCUAUCUAUGGAAAAAAAGGUAGCACUCUUACACAAUUCAUGGCUCCAGGUAUUCUUCUGAGCAUUAGCUUUUUCAUGGCCAUUGGUCUCACUGCUUUGGCCUUUGUGUUGGAGAAAAAGGAAGGACUUUAUGAGCGAAAUCUUGUGAGUGGUGUCAACCCAGCAGAAGUGAUGAUAGCCCAUGUGCUCACUCAGUUCCUGGUGCUGGUGGUGCAAGUCUCACUGCUUCUUUUGUUCACUUUCACUGUUUUUGAUAUAACAGUACAUGGAAGCAUGGGAUGGGUGAUGUCACUGAUCUUGCUGCAAGGCCUGUGUGGCAUGUGCCUGGGCAUUACGAUCUCCAGCCUUUGUGAUAGCGAAACCUCAGCUAUUCAGGUGUCACUUGGACAUGUCUACCCUCUGCUUUUGAUCAGUGGAAUCCUGUGGCCCAUUCAAGCAGUGCCAGAGGCUGUGGCUUACAUCAGCAAAAGCCUCCCUCUUACCCCUACUGAGGCUUUGAGAUCCAUAAUGAGUCGAGGUCAGUUCAGGGGAAAUACUUGUAACAUGCUACAUCUAUAUAAAGGUUCAAAGCACACACAUUAUUAUAAUUCCACAAUGGCAAAAUAUUUUGAUACAACCAAUACACAAUUAUUAGACUUACAACUUUUAGGGUUUUUUUUCGUCAUUAAUUUCUUCCCUUUUCCAGACAUGCUUCACCAGAUUACUUAGCUGUGCUUUUUCUUCAUUUGCUUCUCUGCUUGCAGGAUGGGGGC